GGGAAGCGGCUAGUUGAGAUGGUACCUAGCCACCUCGCCAAUCCUUCGGUACAUGUUUGAUUGAGUGAUCAAGUUCAUGUCUUAGGGUCAGUCACCACGUCUACACGUGCAUAUAUCUUGUCAUGUUAAGACUAUGUAUAUAUAUAUAGAGAGAGAAAACAGAGCCCAGUCUGUCACUCUCACUCUGUAUUCUUCUUCUAUGGCCACUCUCUCUCUCCGCUUCUAUGCGUUCUAUUUUCUCUUCUUCGCUCUUUCGCCUUCUAUCUUGAAUCUCCGGCAUCCAUCUGCGGCGGCGACGGCGGAAUCACGGUGCCAGAUCCCACCGGUGAUAUUCAACUUCGGAGAUUCAAACUCCGACACCGGAGGUCUCGUCGCCGGACUCGGAUUCUCCGUCAAUCUUCCCAACGGGCGCUCCUUUUUUCGGCAAUCCACCGGCCGGUUAUCCGACGGACGUCUCGUCCUAGAUUUCCUCUGCCAGAGUUUGAAUACAAGUCUAUUGAACCCAUACUUAGACUCACUAGCUGGAUCCAGGUUCCAAAAUGGUGCAAACUUCGCCAUUGUUGGCUCCUCUACUCUCCCAAGAUUCGUCCCCUUUGCUCUGAAUAUCCAGCUGAUGCAGUUCCUCCAUUUCAAGUCCCGAGCCCUCGAGCUAGCUUCUAGUUCUGAUCCGCUGAGGGAGAUGAUGAUAAGCGAAGAUGGAUUCAGAAGCGCGUUGUACAUGAUCGAUAUCGGUCAGAACGAUAUCGCUGAUUCUUUCUCGAAGGGCCACUCGUUUUCCCGAGUGGUGAAAGAGAUUCCGAAUGUCAUUUCUGAGAUCAAAGAUGCCGUAAAGACUUUGUACAAUCAGGGAGGGAGGAAAUUCUGGAUUCACAAUACUGGACCGUUAGGUUGUCUGCCUCAGAAGCUCGAAAUGGUUCAGAAGAAAGAUCUUGAUGAGCAUGGCUGUCUGGCAAGCUACAACUCGGCUGCCAAACUGUUCAAUGAAGGAUUGGAUCAUAUGUGUCGUGAUUUGAGGACCGAACUAAGAGAUGCAACCGUUGUUUAUGUCGACGUAUAUGCUAUCAAGUACGACCUCAUCGCCAAUGCCACCAAAUACGGUUUCGAGAAGCCGUUAAUGGCGUGCUGUGGAUUUGGAGGACCACCUUACAACUACAAUGUGAACAUAACGUGCGGGCACGAGGGCGCGAAGGCAUGCGAUGAAGGGUCUCGGUUCCUAAAUUGGGACGGAAUCCAUUACACCGAGACGGCCAAUGCAAUGGUGGCCAUGAAAGUGCUGUCGAUGCAGUACUCUACGCCAAGAACUCGGUUCGAUUUCUUCUGCCGUGGCUGAGAUGCUUAAGAACAUGUCCCGUUGUUGGUGUCUGUUUUAUGUCCAAAGUCUGAACCUUUUGCUCGUCACGUUCGCAGAUCUAAUUAUAAUGAAUCAUGAGAGAGAAAGGGCUGUGUGAAUUUUGUAGGAAAUUCUUUUCGUUUGUUUCGCAGCAAAGUGUUCUUUCCA